AUGGAAUUGCAACUAAUCUCACAAUUAUUACUAUUUUCCAAUGAAAGUGAACUGAAUAAAUCCAGUUACUGUAAUGAAACCUUACACUGUAGCUAUAUAACUGAAAACCAAAGUGACAGCCAUUUUUACAGUAUCAGCCUCUUUCUAUCUUGCCUGUAUACAGUUUUUCUAUUUCCCAUAGGCUUCAUUGGAAAUGGAUUAAUCCUGGUUGUAAACUUGAAUGAUCAUAAGAAAAUGACCAUCCCAGAUCUCUAUUUUGUAAAUCUUGCUGUAGCUGACCUGAUCCUUGUAGCAGAUUCCCUCAUUGAGGUCUUCAACCUGAAUGACAAGUACUAUGACAUAGCCAUUCUGUGCACCUUCAUGUCCCUGUUCCUGCAGAUCAACAUGUACAGCAGUAUCUUCUUUCUCACAUGGAUGAGCUUCGACCGGUACCUUGCCCUGGCACAAUCGAUGAAGUCUGGCACACUCCGAACAUUGCAGCAUGCAAAAUGGAGCUGUGGCCUGAUCUGGUUGACAUCUAUCCUGGCUACAAUGAUGCCUUUUGCUGUGGUACAAGUGCGUCACACAGGGGAAGUUCACUUUUGCUUUGCAGAUGUUACAGAGAUUCAAUGGUUGGAGGUAACUCUUGGGUUUGUCAUACCCUUCUUCAUCAUUGGACUCUGCUAUUCACUGAUUGUACGGAUUCUCACAAAAGCCCAGAAGCACAACCGCCUUUGGCCAAGACGUCAGAAGGCCCUUCGCAUGAUUGUUGUGGUUGUUCUGGUUUUCUUUAUCUGUUGGUUACCUGAAAAUGUCUUCAUCAGCCUUCAGCUCCUACAAGGCACAAACGAUUCAUCAGUUUCUCUCAAGAAAUCAAUGGGCCACUAUUACCCACUUACACGUCAUAUUGUCAACCUGGCUGCUUUUUCUAACAGUUGUCUGAAUCCUAUUAUUUAUAGCUUUCUCGGGGAAACGUUCCGAGACAAGCUUCGCCUUUACAUGAAAAGGAAAGCAAGUGUAUCUACAGUUUACCGGCUUUGCAACAACACUUUGAACUGGAACAUUCCUGUAACCGUAGAGGAGUCUUUUGCAUAGCAGAUGAAAUCUCUAUAAGCACAAGUAAUUAAAAGGAGGCCCAAAUUGCAUUCGAAUUUGUUUAAUUAUAAUUUUCAGUUUGGCCAGUUGAAAGCAAUGGUUCCAGAGCCAUCAACUUCAAAGUGAGUUGGUCUAAGCACAAUAAUGGAACUCAACUCCAAUAUAAUCACUAGGAGGAAGUUGGUCGAAUGCAUUUGGGUAAAGUUGAGAGCAACCUCUUUCUAAGUUUGCCGCAUUCACCACACUGUUUACUCAUAUGGAAACAAUCAAC